AUGGGUGGUGAUCACGGACAUAGUCAUGGAGAUGAAGGUGGAUCAUUUUACGUUCAUUUAAUUGCCGGUGCAGCAGCUGGUUUUGCAGAACAUUGUGGUAUGUACCCAAUUGAUACAAUUAAGACACACAUUCAAGCAAUUAAACCAGGUGCAAUGCAAACAUCAUCAUUACAAAUUACUAAACAUAUUAUACAACAACAUGGUAUCACUGGUUUAUUUAGAGGGCUAACAGCAGUUGCAGCUGGUGCUGCUCCAUCUCAUGCUGUACAUUUUUCAAUAUACGAGUUACUUAAAUUUAAAUUCAUUGGUUCCGAUGAAGAUCAUCAUCCAAUUAAAGUUGGUAUUGCAGGUGCUAUCGCAACUAUGACAAGUGAAGCAGUUGCAUCACCAAUGGAUGUUGUUAAACAAAGAUUACAAUUACAAAUUACAGAUUAUAAAGGAUUAACAGAUUGUACAAAGAGAAUUUGGGUAAAAGAAGGUAUUAGAGGUUUCUAUUCAGGUUAUACUACAACAUUAGUUAUGAAUGUACCAUACAAUAUUGUAUACUUUGCAUCCUAUGAAAGUUUGAAAAAGAUAAUUCAACCAUGGUUUAAUAAUAAGAAUCCAGAGGAGAGAUCAUAUCAAUUGAUCGAUCAUUUAGUUGCUGGUGGUGGUGCUGGUAUGUUGGCAGCAGCAUUUACAAAUCCAUUUGAUGUAGUUAAAACUAGACUUCAAACUCAAUCAGAUUUUAUCGCAAGUUCAACAAUUAAUUCAGCUAAAUCAAUUAAACGUUAUGGUGGUAUGAUGGAUGCAAUGAAAACAAUUUGGAUCGAAGAAGGUAUGGAUGGUUACUUAAGAGGUAUGAAACCAAGAAUGGUUUUCCAUUCAAUGAGUUCUGCUAUAGUUUGGUCUGUUUAUGAAUAUUUUAAAUUUAUUCUUGGAGAAUAA